AUGCCCCGUGGAAAGUCAUCAGCUUUUCCGCCAGGAAUCGCUCGGGAUGAUUCGGACGAUGAGCUUGGCUACGAAGACCAUCCCUGGGAAUGGAUACAUCAGUCACCUCCCGCCUCGCCGUCCAAGUCGGACGUGAAUACCGAGUCCGCCCGCAAGCGGAAACGUGGCGAUGGUCAGGGCAGAGUGGUUGGUGCGCGAAUGGGCACCUUUGAAUGUUAUCUCGGCGAGGCCGUCCUGCUCAAGGCCGAGGGAUCGCACGAGGCGUGGGUCGGCAUCAUUACCGAGUUCAUCGAAGAUGAUGAGGAUGGCGACAAGGCGGCAAACUUUCUCUGGUUCUCGAGUGAGAAGGAGAUUAGAAGCAGAGAAAAGAAAAGGACUGACUACCUUCCGAAUGAGCUGUAUCUUACCCCCAGCUUUGACGUCAACCCACUGGCCUCCAUCAACGGGAAGGCAUUCGUCAUGUCACAGGAAAAGUUCCUAGAGAGAUACCCCAAUGGCAAAAUACCGCGCAACUCGCCGGCGUACAACAAGACUUUUAUUUGUCGACGAGGCUGCAAUAUGAGGACAACAACAUACACGGAUGAGUUUACAUGGGAGGACAUGUCUCACGGCAAUGAAGAGGACCUGGUACCACUAAUAGAUUUCGUGGAAUCAAAGACUAGAACGACCAGGAAGAAACGGAAGACAGACGCUGCUGCCCUGGAAGCUGCCUACGUAGCAGACGGCGGCGAACAUGAUGACAACGAUGAAGAUAUCGACGAUCCGGGACGCCAGGCAAUCACUACCCCCCGGAAGCGGCAAAAGACUACCAAGCUAGUGACUCCGUCCAGCCGGAAAAUUGUCCUCAAGAAGGCCCUGGAGUUCACCCCUCUGGGCACUCGUGUCCUAUCCCCGAGCCACCACCAAUCGUCGCCCUUUCAGGUGGCGCGUGCUCAAUUGCACGUUGCUUCAGUGCCAACCAGUCUUCCGUGCCGGGAGUCGGAGUUCUCGCUCGUGUACUCUCACCUAGAAGCCGCUAUCACCGAUGGGUCUGGUGCCUGCAUCUACAUAUCGGGCACGCCUGGUACUGGCAAAACAGCGACCGUGCGUGAGGUAGUGUCUAGAUUGGAUGAUGCUGUACGUUCUGAUGAGCUGGAUGAUUUCAUAUUCGUUGAGAUCAACGGCAUGAAGAUUACCGAUCCGCAUCAAUCCUAUUCUCUACUUUGGGAAGCGCUGCGUGGCCAGCGCGUCAGCCCAAGCCAGGCUCUCGAUCUUCUUGAGAGAGAAUUCAAUCACCCAAGCCCGAGACGAGUGCCUUGUGUGGUCCUCAUGGACGAGCUCGAUCAGCUGGUCACCAAGAACCAGAGCGUCAUGUACAACUUCUUCAACUGGCCAGGUCUGCGACACUCGCGGCUUAUUGUGCUGGCUGUGGCCAAUACCAUGGACCUUCCCGAGAGAACAUUGAGCAACAAGAUCAGCAGUCGUCUUGGGCUCACGCGAAUCACGUUUCCCGGCUACAAUCAUGAGCAGCUGAUGAAAAUCAUCCAGUCGAGAUUGGAAGGAGUGCCAGGAAACAUUGUCGAAUCUGAUGCAGUGCAAUUUGCCAGCCGAAAGGUUGCUGCUGUCAGUGGUGACGCCCGGAGAGCACUUGACAUUUGCAGACGAGCUGUCGAGCUGGCCGAGGCCGAGGUCAGGGGCGAAGGGACCGCUGAAGAACCGUCAACACCAAGCAAAAGGGCCAAGGACAAGGAGAACUCGGUGAAAGACCAGAAAAAAGGCACCAAGGGGAGAGUCACGAUUGCAACAGUGAAGAGGGCCAUUCAUGAGGCUACAUCAAGUCCUCUACAGCAGUACCUACGAGCUCUGCCGUAUGCUUCCAAGCUCGUCCUGGCCGCGCUAUCGGUCCGCAACCAGAGAACUGGACUGCCAGACAGUACAUAUGGAGAUGUGCAAGAAGAGCUGAGACGAGCACUUGUUCUAGAUUCGGGCAGCACACGAGUGAAAUUACUGACAGGCAAGUCAGGUCUGGAACAGGAAGUGUCUCGACGAAAGCAAGAUACCACGGGCAUGACGAGAGCAAUGGGAAUCAGCGCGGCAGCAGUGGAUUUGACUGGAGCCGGUAUCAUCAUUCUGGAAGGCCAAAGACCAGAACGGCCUAGCAAGAUAAGACUUGCUAUUGGUGAUGAGGAGAUUAAACUGGCGUUUCGUGAUGAUCCUGAAAUCAGAGCUCUGGGUAUAGCAUUUUAG